GAAGAGCGAGUCACCUCUCUAACAUUGUCGUAGUCGGCACCUCUUCUCUGACUGUCUUACUAAUUAAUUUGGCAUUUUCGUCAUAAUAAUUAGUAUUAAUUAGUUUUUGACUGGAUAAUUUUUGUAACUCUCACUAAAUACUUCGCCAUGUCGUUUAAUAAAGGAGGGCAGAAGGUCCAGAAGGUUAUGGUCCAACCCAUUAACCUGAUUUUUCGUUACCUCCAAAACAAGUCUCGUGUCGUGGUCUGGCUCUACGAGAAUGUCAGUUUGCGGAUGGAGGGAGUCAUAUGUGGAUUCGACGAAUAUAUGAACCUGGUACUUGACGAUGCGUAUGAAAUAAACACCAAAUCUGGAGCUCGUAGGAGAUGUGGUCGUCUGCUUCUCAAGGGAGAUAACAUUACUUUGAUACAAAACGCAGAGGGAUGAAGAAUUUGUCUUGAAGAUUUAAAAAAAACAGUUGAAAAAUGGUGAUUUUAUAACAUUUUUUGUUGUUGUACUAAUGUAAAAAAAAACUAAGAUGCUCUGCGCCUUCUCAUACUAUGUAGUGUUAAAUAUGCGAGUGUUUCAGUCUGGUACAUUCUUUGAAAAGGUUUUUUCUUGUUGCUUAUAAUAAAUAUAAAAACUUAUGAUAAUAAACAAGUUUUGUUACACAUUUUG